GCGGAGCCGUGGCGGCGGCGGGGACUGGGACAGGAGCAGCUCCGCGGCAUCCUAAGGGCCGGCGGCCUCAGGGCAACGGCGGCGGGGCUCGACCUGAGCUUGAGGACGCGACGGCGGCGCCCGAGUUCGGGUGUCUCGAGCCGGGCGAUGGAGGAGGAAGAAGGAUCAACACCAGAAUUACGUGAGAGAAAAAAGUCAAGUUACCUUGAAAAUGAGCAAACAGCUCUACAAACUCUGCCAGAGAAAACCAGAGGCAUUCCAACCAUGAGGAGGUCUCCUAAAUAUGUAUUAUUUCAACGUUUUGCAAAGCUUUUCUUGGGCUGUCUUGCAGCGGUUACUAGUGGUAUGAUGUAUGCACUAUAUUUGUCAACAUACCAUGAACGGAGAUUCUGGUUUUCCAGCAGACAGGAGCUUGAACGGGAAAUCACAUUUCAGGGUGACAGUGCCAUUUAUUACUCCUUUUAUAAAGAAAUGUUAAAGGCUCCUUCAUUUGAAAGAGGUGUUUAUGAGCUUACACACAACAACAAAACUGUAUCACUGAAGACUAUAAAUGCAGUGCAACAAAUGACUUUGUAUCCAGAACUGAUUGCCAGUGUACUGUAUCAAGCAACUGGUAGUGAAGAGGUUAUCGAGCCAGUAUAUUUCUACAUUGGUAUAGUUUUUGGAUUGCAGGGAAUUUAUGUGACUGCACUGUUUGUAACAAGCUGGGUUAUGAGUGGAACUUGGCUAGCAGGAAUGCUUACUGUUGCGUGGUUCAUUAUUAAUAGGGUAGAUACAACAAGAAUUGAAUAUUCUAUUCCUUUAAGAGAAAACUGGGCACUACCAUAUUUUGCAUGUCAAGUUGCUGCUCUUACAGGCUAUUUGAAAAACAACAUAAAUACUUCUGUGGAGAGAUUUUGCUAUUUGUUGGUGAGUGCAUCAACAUAUACUUUCAUGAUGAUGUGGGAAUACAGUCACUAUCUCCUGUUUCUUCAAGCAGUCUCCUUAUUCCUCCUAGACUCCUUUUCCUUCAUGCAAGGAGACAAGGUUCAUGAGGUGUACAAAAUUUAUUUGUUAUCCCUCUUCUUGGGAUAUUUACUGCAGUUUGAAAAUCCAGCUUUAUUAGUAUCCCCUUUAUUAAGCUUAGUAACUUCCUUAAUGCUUGCUAAAUGCCUACAGUUGAAUGUGAAAAAAGGAACUCGUAUAGCCAGAAUGAUGAAAGUGAUGUAUUUUUAUUUGAUAUUUACACUAACAGUGAUGCUGAAUGUUGUAAUGAAGACUUUUGUCCCACACAAAGAAAAUGGACACAUGUUAAAAUUCCUUGAAGCAAAAUUUGGACUAAAUAUGACUAAGAAUUUUACAAUGAAUUGGCUCCUUUGUCAAGAAUCCCUACAGGCUCCAUCUCAGGAUUUUUUUUUGCGAUUGACACAGUCAUCUUUAUUGCCUUUCUAUAUUUUAGUUUUAAUUAUUUGCCUUUUUUCUGUGAUACAAGUUAUUUUUAGGAGAAUCAAUGGCAAACCCUUAAAAGAAGUAGUUAAACUUGAAGAUGGUCGAAUUGGAGAAAGACCAGAAAUAGUUUAUCACGUAAUUCAUACUAUUUUGCUGGGUUCUCUUGCAAUGGUGCUAGAAGGCAUGAAAUACCUUUGGACUCCUUAUGUGUGCAUGCUUGCAGCAUUUGGUGUAUGUUCUCCUGAACUUUGGAUGACCCUUUUCAAGUGGCUUCGAUUGAGAGCUGUACACCCAAUAUUUUUGGCUCUUAUUCUGAGCAUGGCUGUACCUACUAUUAUAGGUUUUAGCUUAUGGAAAGAGUUUUUUCCAAGAAUAAUGACAGAACUUUCAGAACUACAGGAAUUCUAUGAUCCAGAUACAGUGGAACUUAUGACCUGGAUAAAAAGGCAAGCUCCAGUUGCAGCUGUGUUUGCAGGGAGUCCACAAUUGAUGGGUGUAAUUAAGUUAUGCACUGGAUGGAUGGUGACCAAUUUGCCUCUUUAUAAUGAUGAAGAUCUUCUGAAGAGAAAUGAAAAUAUCUAUCAGAUCUACUCAAAGAGGUCUGCUGAAGAUAUUUAUAAGAUACUUACAUCUUACAAAGCUAACUACUUGAUUGUAGAAGAUGCUAUCUGCAAUGAGGUGGGAACCAUGAGAGGAUGCAGGGUUAAAGACUUGUUGGAUAUUGCAAAUGGCCAUGUGGUUUGUGAAGAAGGUGACAGUUUUACCUACUCAAAAUAUGGACGAUUUUGCCAUGAGAUCAAAAUUAACUAUUCUCCAUAUGUGAAUUAUUUUACUAGAGUAUACUGGAACAGAUCCUAUUUUGUUUAUAAAAUCAACACUGUGAUAUCCUUCCAGUCCUGAAAAAUAGCAAAGCCUUCUUUUCAAAGACUGACAUAACAUGAAGAGGAAUGGGAUGCUAUUUUCCUACUCAUGUAUUCUUUUGCAAAUCAAAAUUUGGACAUUUGAAAUGGGUUUUUUCUUUUCUCCUUGUUUUGUUACCAGACCCAUAGUUUUAUAGGCAAUAUUACAUCAAAACUUAUGAUGUAUCAGGUCUUCCAGUUUUUACUAUGCCAGUAACAUAAUCUUUCUUUUGCAUUGAUCUUUCUAUAUUUUACCUUCUCAAAUACUAUCACAUCUUCCCCCCUGAAUGUUUAUCUAAAUAAAGUAUAUUAGAAUCCCAUUAUCAACAGAUUUGAAUGUACUGGAGGUCAUAACAUAAUUACAUGCAGUGAAAACCUUGAUAGAGCACAAUUGGCGUAUAAGGGAAUUAUUCUUGUACUGUAUACCAUGGUAUAUGACUUUACUAAUCCUUACAAUAAAGAGUUAAGGAAAACAAUAGAUGUCAAGAUAAAUAGUGUAGUUCUAAAAUGGGCAUUAUGCAAAGGGAAGUAGUCUUUUAAAAUUACAUGAAGCUUUGCUCUUUCUAGUGUCCAAAAUCAAAAUAUUUAUGAUAUUCAUACAAAUAGUUUGGUUUUUCUUAAAUAUUGCUUAUGAGUACAUUACUUUCUCAAUAUAUCCUUACACAAUACAUUUUAAUUCUGUAUUAUUAUUAUUAUUAUGUAGUUUUGUCACAGUGAAUUGAUCAUACAUGUGAUACCACUUUGAUCAUGAUAAAAAGAAUUAUUUUGGUGCCUAUAUUUUUAAUAUGCAUUUCAAAGUCUAUUACCAUACAUUUAAAAAUAUAAAUAUUUUAAGUAAAAUCUGCUUGCAUGUUUCUUGUCAGAAUUUUUAAUGCAACUUAAUCUGUUGCCAGCUACCAUAGUGGUACAAAUAAUUGUCUUAACUUCUUGUCUCCGUUAAAGAAAACUGAAGCUCCUAAAUUAAACGUGGCCUAAGAUAAGACUGCAUAUGCAUUAAAAAGACUUAUAAUUACUCAAAAUCUCUGCUCUUAACCAUAUCUAUGCACUCAUGAUUACUUAUUUAAAUUUUCUCUUACAAACAACAGUACUGAAAACUAAGUGGAAAUUUCAAGCAGCUUUACAGAUUUAUCAUUUUUGGAGUUUACAGGUCUUCUUGUAGUCUAUUUAAAUUUAUGUUAUAUUUUAAUUGUUUAAAACAUUUGCUAAGACAUCAAAAUGUUUUAUGAGAGCAAUGGCAAUCUGUAGAUAUAUUGUGUUUAGCAUGUAGAGAUGAUGCUUAGUUUUUUUUUAUACAUUUGCCAAAAUUUUUUCAGUGUUUCAUUAUUAGAAUAGUGCUGAAAUUACAUCACUAUCAUUAAAUACAUUGGAAGGAAAAAUCCUUCUGUCUUCAUUAUGCAUGCAUGUAUUUUUGAAAAAAUCAUGUGUUCUUCUACUGGCUGUCAAAUGCUGAGUGCAUUCAAUGUUGAUGAAUUGAUGGAGUUUUCAUGAACAUCGUAUCAGUUUCAUUAGUCUUCAUUUUCACAUGUAUAAUUCUAUACUUACAGUAAAGCAUCUUCAGGUGGUAUAUUUCAUUUUAACUGUACUUCUUGGGUAGUGAGUUGCUGCUCUUUUGCUUCAUACCUUAUGAUACUAUUGAACUAUUAGAGGAAGAAUUGUUUAAAAACAGUAAUAGGAAAUUGGCCUCCCAGUGCACAAAAAGUUAAGUUUUUCAUUGAUCUAUUCAUUGAUUUCAUUGAUUAUUAUUGAUCUUAUUGUGUUGCAAUGAAUUGGUAUGAGGUCUUUUUAAAAAUUAUAAUAAAAACUUUCUUCUAUUUCCACUAAUUGCUUUCUUAAACAGAUUUUUGAUGGAUUAGAAGAAAUUUCUAGUUGAAUUUAAGAAAAUAUUUUCAAGCAGUAGCUAUUAAAAAGAAAAACCUGAACUCUUUAUAGAAAAGAUUAUUUCAGACAUUAAAUGACCAUUUAUUGUAUUCAAUUUUAGUAUGUAUUAAAGCGACAUCAAAACCUAGGAAACUUUGGGUGGAAGUAGCAAAUCUAGGUGCUGAUUUCUGCCUAUGAAAUAAUAUCCUCACUUGUGUCUUUGCAGUUUCCUCUUCAUGUGUUAAUAUGACCUUUCCUUUAUAUGUACCUAACAACAUAAAAUAAGCAAUGUUCCUAGUUUUGAGAAUGAGAAGUGUUUAUGAAAGAAAUCCAAAUAUAUUUUGCUUUUGAUAUUUCAAACCUGUUAAGAUUAAGUGCCUUGAUGACUCCAUCUUCAGCUUCUCCAAAAGUUGUUAUGCGUUUUUGCCCGCUUUCUCUUGGCAAAAUUAUUUGUGUUGUGUUUGUUAUUAGCAUUUAUUGUUGGAUAAGAAGGGUGCUAAUAUUUUCAAGGCACCUAUGCUAAUUAAAAUAUUUUAGUUAGACUCCAGAACUCCAGGAUAAAGAAAAAAACAACACAUUUAACACAUUUCACAUUUAACAAGGCCUAUUGCACCAAACCUUUGUUAAUCUAUUCUUAGUGAUUCUUCUUAUUCCUAACAUCUUUGUUAUUGAAGUUUUUGUUAGAUUUAUUUUGUUUCAGGCUUAUGUUGUGUUCUGUUACUGCAAUACUUGAUCAAAAUUGUGUCGGUCUCAACUGGGUCCUUUUUAAGGAUGCCUGUCCAAACCACCAAUAAUCACUUAGCAGUAUGCCAAUUUUUAUGGUUUGAAGACUAAGAAAAAAUGCUAAAUUGUAACACAAAAGGUGAUAGUAAAGUCAGAAAAAAGCUUUGGCACAUAGUUAUAUGCUUAAUCUUAAAUCUAUAGGCACAAACUUCUCUGGAUUCCCAUUUAAAACCAAACUGGGGGGCAGCUAGGUGGCUUACUGGAUAAAGCACCGGCCCUGGAUUCAGGAGUACCUGAGUUCAAAUUCGGCCUCACACACUUGACACUUACUAGCUGUGUGACCCUGGGCAAGUCACUUAACCCCCAUUGCCCCGCCAAAAACAAACCAAACAAAACAAAACACCAAACUGAAGGAAAACUGAAACUGUAUGACAAUUAUUAAAUUAUACUAUAAUUGUAUUUAGUUUUGGUGAUUUUAUGGGAAUUUUAGUCCUGUAAGUAUGCCUUUUAUAUGAUAACUUACAUGCUUCACUUUAUACGUGGGCAUGCGCUUAAAAUUGUAUAUCAAUUGAUUUUUUUUCAAAUAAAAAUAUUUUAAGUGCACUAAGAACUCUUGUUAUUGAAAGGAUCCCCGUUUUUCAUCCUGUAAUUCUAAGAAGCUUAUAUAAAGCAAAUAAUGACUCCCUAAUUUAUCCUUUGUGUAAAUCUCAGCUUUUUCAUGUAGAAUUUACUGAAAGUAAAUUAUUCCUGCAGCAAAUUAUUAUUAGUACAGUUCCUUUAGUGUAAUAGAAAAUAUGAGUGAUACACUAAAUGACUACCCUAGAUGUUACUUACCAGUAUUAAUUUGAUUCCUUUACCUUGGUGAUUCUCAAUUGAUGACAUGUCCUUGACAUGUAUUACUCCACCAUUCUUUUGGUUUUUAAGUACAAAACUACUUGAUAUUGAUGUAAGUAAUAAUAUCUCAUUAGAAUAAUACCUUAUUGGGCUAUUUUGAAUUAGAUCUUGCAGUUCUAAAGGGGUGUGUUUUUCUCGACUAUGUUUUGAUGUUCAUUAAGGAUUAGGUCAUGUUUUUUGUGUGUCAUAAUUUAAAAGCCUAAAAGAUUUUGUUGGACCAAAUAUACUGACUUGGCAUAGAGAUACUUUGUGAGCCAGUUAUCAUCAAAGAUCUCCUAGUGAUAAUGCUUAGAUUAUGGUGUAUGUAAACAUCUGUGCAGCUCUCACAGGUAUAUGUGCUUCUGACACUUAGCAAGAUCAUAAAGCUGUAUUCACUUAAUGGAAUGGAGGCAACCUAGCUAAGGAAUUGUUUCCUUCUUGAAUUAAUUUGUUAAUAUUACUUUCAGUUUUUCCAACUGUCAUUUGUCCCAUAUUUUUAGGGAUUUCAAUAGACCCUUAAGUUUGAGAAGGCUAUUCACACUUAUGCUAACUCUUGGGUCAAUAUACUUGACAGGAAUAUUUAUUUUUAGUAAAUGUUUUCCUCCCCUGUUAAAAGACAAACUUUUCAUCAGAAUUAAAACCAGUGAACAUAUGUCUUUUAAUGGAUUUGGGACAAAAAAGUAUUUUACCUCAUUUUGUAACCUCAUAUGACUAUUUCACCAGAAAGGGACUUCCUUAUUUCAUGAUAAAUUAACCUACUUGUUUUCUGUUA